AUGUUGCGCGAUUAUCACUCCACACUUCUCAUUUCGCUUGCUUCCACGGUCGCGGACGUAAAUUCCGCUACUCUAAUUGAGAAAUACGCUGGCAUGAAGAAAGACGAGUUCGAAAAUACCACGCUUUCUGGGAAGUGUAUUUUUCAACUCGCUGAUGUGAAUGCAGAAUGUGCGAAAAUCACAGUCGCAGCAGAAUACGUAUUGUAUUCAAUUUCUGCAUAUCCUGAAGCAGUAGCUGGACAAAGAGAGGGUUUCUGGAUUCGGAAAACGCCUGCAAUCACGGACAUAAAAUUUCGAGUCUCUCGUAAAGCAAAUAUCAAGCUCCGUCGAGUCACUUACAAGGAUAAACGACGACUUCUACUACAGUAUACCGCUACAGUAAAAGAGGUCGAAGUUAUCAGCGGGCAACAUUUUAAGAUGAUUAAUAUGCCUUUUAUGGAAGAACAUGUAAUGAAAUUACACGUUAAUACUGAACUAUGGUAG